UUAAUCUUCAGUCGCCGUCUACUUCAGUCGCCCUAAUCGCUGGCCUCAAUUUCCACCGUCCUCAGCUGCCCUGGCCCAAUUGAUUUUACUCAGCAGCAUCUUCUCCGUCUAUCAGUCGUUGACAGCCGCCGGGCCUGCAUUUUUCUAAAGUGGGAGCCAUGAGCAGCAUCGAACCAUUUAACCGUCUGGUGAAACUUGCAGCAAGGGCUUUUUAUGAUGACAUAACUACAAAAGGUGAAAACCAGCCCAAGAAUGGAAGAGGCGACAACAGAGGGAUUGCCGUGGUGGUUCUUGAUGCUCUUACUAGGCGGCAAUGGGUGAGGGAAGAAGAUUUGGCUAAAGAUUUGAAGCUUCAUACCAAGCAACUUCGUCGGACUCUCAGGUUCUUUGAAGAAGAAAAAUUAGUGGCUCGUGAUCACCGGAAGGAGACUGCAAAAGGUGCAAAAAUGCACAAUGCUGCAGUGGCUGCCACUGGUGAUGGUCCACAAACUGGAAGAGAAGGCGAGGAGAAACUCAAGAUGCAUACUCACUCAUAUUGUUGUCUAGACUAUGCACAGAUAUAUGAUGUUGUGAGAUAUAGAUUACAUCGAAUGAAGAAAAAACUGAAGGAUGAAUUGGAGAGCAAAAAUACAGUUCAGGAGUAUAUAUGCCCCAAUUGCAGUAAGAGAUAUACCGCUCUUGAUGCACUCCGGUUGGUUACUCCAUAUGAUGAAUACUUCCACUGUGAAAGCUGCAAUGGGAUCCUUGUGGCUGAAAGUGACAAGUUUGCUGCUCAAGAGUUAGGAGAUGGAGAUGAUAAUGCAAGAAGGCGUCGCCAUGAAAAGUUAAAGGACAUGCUGAAAACUAUGGAGGAACAGCUCAAGCCAUUAAUGGACCAACUUGCAAGAGUCAAGGAUUUACCUGUUCCCGAAUUUGGUAGUCUUCAAGCAUGGGAACUUAGAGCAAGUGCAGCCAACCGAGCUGCCAAUGGAGACCUCAAUGCCAAUGACCCUUCAAAAUCUUCUAAUGGCCUUGGCUUUGGUGGAACUCCCAUGCCCUAUGUUGGAGAGACAAAGGUUGAGGUUGCUUUCACAGGUAUUGAUGAUAAAGGAGAAAGUGUUAAAACUGCGAGUGCAAAUGCACCUAUGAAAGUUUUGCCUCCAUGGAUGAUAAAAGAAGGAAUGAACCUUACAAGAGAGCAACGUGGGGAAGCCAAGGCAGAGUCGAAGACUGGCGGUAAUUUGACAGCUUCUGGAAAUUUUGAUGACAAAAAAUCCACCACUGCAAACGAGGAUGAAAAGAACAUACAGGAUGAAUACAUCAAAGCAUAUUAUGCUGCUCUACUUAAGCGCCAACAGGAGCAAGAAGAAUCAGUCAAGAAGGAAGAAGAGUCGACUAACGCUACAAUCUCCCAUGGAAACCUAACUGCUGAACGCCAAGUUGGCAUGAAGUCAAAACGAGAUGAUUAUGAGGGAGAUAAUGCUGAGUGGGAGGAGCCCCCUCCAACAGGUGGCGCAACCGGGUAUUAUAAAGUUGGCGACUUAAAUAUGGAAGCUGAAGUUUCCGAAGAGGAAGAAGACAUCGACUGGGAAGAAGGCUGAAUGCUCAACUACAGCACGACUCUCCUGCCAUUAGAACUAAUUCAGUGAUAGUGUGAC